UGCCGGAUGGGUAUAUUUCAUCCGUUCGGCACAUCCGGACCGUCCAACACAUUUUUGGACGGCCUUGACACUUUCUCUCUUCAAAUUUGAGCCGUCUAUAAACACAAUGGACGGUUCGGAUGCGCUGACCGGACACCGUGUGGUACCUACUCGCUCGGCACUGAAAAUUUGCUCCACUUUAAAACCCCUUGCUCACCUACUAACUGGGUCUGACGAAAACAAAUCCCCCAAAGCAUUUUUAAGAGAAGAGAAGUAGAGAGAGAAUCGUGUGAUGAAGGAGGGGCUAAAGACAACGGCGGGGGAGGACGGGGCACAGCUGCCGGAGAGUAAUGGCACAUUCGUGUCCACGGCGAGACCUGACCACUGCCAGAAAGCCCGCCGGAAACACGACGUCACGCUGGUGGUUAUGAGGGUUGCGUCCGUUUUGAGCUCAGUUGCUGCGGUCUGUCUCAUGGUGACGGCGAAGGAAGGCUCCACAAUGUCUAUCUUUGGGUUUAGCCUUCCCAUCUACUCCAACUGGUCUUACUCCGACUCCUUCGAGUAUCUGGUGGGAGUGUGUGCUGCUGUUGCAGCUCACUCAGUACUUCAACUGCUCAUUAGUACAUCGAGGCUGCUGAGGAAGUCUCCGGUGAUUCAUUCACGGAAACAUGCUUGGCUGAUUUUUGUCGGAGAUCAGGCAUUUGCAUAUGCCCUGAUGAGUGCUGGAUCAGCUGCCUCAGGUGUUACCAACCUCAACCGCACCGGAAUCAGACAUUCAGCUUUACCAAACUUCUGUAAGCCCUUGCGCAGCUUCUGCGACCGGGUCGCUGUUUCUAUUGCCUUCACUUUCGUCAGCUGCUUCUUGCUCGCUGCCUCCGCUGUGUUUGAUGUAAUCUGGCUAUCCAGUUACUGAAUUGCCUCGCAUCCCACACACUUUUCGUACCCCUCUAAGCAUAUAUCCAUGUUUUGGAUGUUCUCAGAAUCCUGUUUUUAUGCUAUAGUAUCCCUGUUCUAAGAAUAUAUGGUCUUUGUGUUUUUUGAUUAGUGGACUGUAUGAUGAGUCAAUUUAGCUAGCCUAUUGAAGUUUCUGCACUUUGUUCCUUAAA